CACACUGUUCUCCAGGGCCAUCCUAGAGCACACGGCUCAGGAUCGCAUCCAGAUGGUUCUUGGACACAUCCACUGAGGGAGAUUACACAACGUCUCGGGAUAAUCUGUUCCAGUGCUAGGUCACCUGCAUAGAAAAGACGUUCUCCUCCGUAUUCAACUGGAACUUCCUGUGCAUCAUUUGAAGAGCUGUUCGGUGGUGCCAAGCAAAAGAACCACAAGCAACGGGCAGAAACUGAUGCUAAGGAAGUUGCACCUGUACGGUGCGGUUCUACCGGAGCCUUACGCACCCGCGGUGCUGUGUUCUAUCUCCUGUGCUCAUCGCGUUCAUGCAAAUCACGCUGCCGUGCGAAGGCCGAUUCCGCGGGCGGCGAUGAAGGCGGGGUCAGGCUGAAGAAGCCUUUCUUCCUCCCCGGUGCCUCCAGCCAGGGCUGCACCGGGUGUCCCUGCCGCAUCCGCACACACGGCUAGGCGCCGCAGCCAGCGCAGUCCCGUGGGAGGCCGCGGCAGCGGACGGGACUGCGCAGGCGCGGCCCCGCCACCGCCUCGGGGUGCGCGUCACUUUCCGGCUGGGCCGGCGGCCCGCGGCGGAGCGUGGCUCCGUCGUGCCCCAUCCCGACCCCCGGCGCGGGCCUGCUCAGGGAGGGCCGGCAUGGAGAAGCUGCGGCGGGUGCUGGCCGGGCAGGACGAUGAGGAGCAGGGACUGACGGCGCAGGUCCUUGAUGCUUCAACACUCAGCUUUGGUACUCGAAUCAGAUGGUUUGCCAUAUGCUUUGUUGCUGGCAUUUUAUGUUCUUUUCUUGGAACAGCAUUGCUAUGGCUCCCAAAGGGGAUUAAACUUUUUGCAGUGUUCUAUACCCUGGGAAAUAUUGCUGCUCUUGCCAGUACGUGUUUCCUGAUGGGGCCACUGAAGCAACUGAAAGCAAUGUUUGAUCCAAAACGAUUAAUAGCUACGAUUGUGAUGUUGCUUUGCCUAAUCUUGACUCUGUGUGCUGUAUUCUGGUGGAACAAAAAAGGUUUGGCAGUGUUAUUCUGCAUAUUGCAGUUCUUGGCAAUGACCUGGUGCUCACUCUCAGGCAACCCAAGGUGACCACAGUUCUCGCUUGAAUUUGCCCUGAAUACGCAAAGUAUGUACUGAACGUGGAUCUGAGAACAAGAAACCAUUUGUUCAGGACAGGGACUGUUGGGCAUGGUGCUAGAUAGAGGCAAGGCCACUAGCUCAGUCUGUGCUCUGUGUGUUUGCAGCAGACAGUUCACAUUUGUUAAGCAUCCUGGGGUUUGAUCAGGCUGCGCAUGAGACCAGAACACUGCCUGGAGGCUUGUGGGAAGCAAGUUUCAGAGAAUAAUAGAAUUGUCAGCUGAGUGUCACAGUUGUGGAAUAUUAUUCAUCCUACAGCAUGUAUCUGUAAUUUAGUUACAUAAAUAAUAUGAUUAGCUGUAUAUUUGCAUACAAAUUUAGAUUGUCUUUUAAAGUGGAAAAAGUUGUCUCUAUCAUCUUGAGUACCAUUUUCACACAAAUCUCUAUUCCUUUUGGAUUAGGCAAUAGCAAAUCUGUUUUUUAAGUUCAUGUGCAAUAGAAGUUAUGAACUACAUUAAAAAAAGGAAAAAAAAAAUCAAACAAAGAAAAAGUAAACCACCAAAUCUGUGUCACUGUUUAGUUCUUGUCCAAACAUGUCCUCUUUUCUCAGGUAAACAUUAAAUUGAAUAGGUGAUCUUGUUUAAAAUUUUGUUGCAAUGGUUGCUUUUAUUAAUGCUGGCCUAAAGUGAAAUAAUUUGGUUCUAGGAGAGACAUGAACACUCU